CCGUCCCUCUUCCAAGACGGCCCAGGCAGACCAAAACAAAGAGUGUGAACGUUUUCUUUUCACACUCAACGUUUUCGCGAGCCUAACUCGCCCCAUAAAACACCCAAGAAGAAGGUUUUCUCGGCGGCUACAACGUUUGCGUCACGCCGGGAGGUCACUGCGGCUGAGUAGUGUGAUUAGUGACCCAGACCUUCCCCACACUCGGCGCCGAGGUGUGUCUGUAUACUCGGGCGUGUGAGAGGUAACGCUCCCUCUACACACACAGCUCCUCCCUGGCAUACACUGGGGCCAGGCGCAGUAGUUGGGUGGUGAGGGGCGUCGGGGCACCACCACCACCACCAACAACAACAACAUGGCACAAGUCGCCCACCACCUGGAGGAGAAGGAGAGGACACGGGAUAUAGAGAUUGAUGAGAACCUGACCUUCAGUGACCUGCUUCUGUCUGAGGCUGUCCUGUCUGGCCUGCAUGCUGCUGGGUUCAGGCGUCCCAGCCCCAUCCAGCUGGCGGCCAUCCCGCUGGGGCGCUGCGGCCUGGACCUGGUGGUGCAGGCCAAGAGUGGCACUGGGAAGACUUGUGUCAUGGCCGUCAUAGCCCUGGAGGCUGUGAGCGCUGCCUCGCCAGCCACGCAGGUGCUGGUGGUGGCCCCCACACGUGAGGUGGCCGUGCAGGUGGCGCAGGUGGUGUCCACUCUGGCCGUGGCCAUGCCAGGCCUCAACGCAGCAGCCUUCAUAGGCGGCACCAAGCUGGCUGAAGACAGGACCAAACUGAGGCAGUGCCAGGUGGUGGUGGGCACACCCGGCCGCCUGGCCCAGCUGGUAUCCCUGGGCCACCUGCGGCUGGAGUGUGUACGGCUGCUGGUGCUGGACGAGGCCGACAGGCUGCUGGAGGGAAACUUCCUAGUCCCGGUCAUGGACCUGGCCCGGGCGCUGCCCCACAACAAGCAGGUGCUGUGCCUGAGUGCCACGUACUCAGAAGCUGCUGCAGCCCAGGCAGAAAGUCUUAUGCGGUCCCCGUCACAUGUUCGUCUUGGCCGCGAGUCCCCAGCACUGCUUGGGGUGAACCAGCUGGUGCGCCGGCUCCCCCCUGUAGCCACGCCCCCCCUACGACAGGCAGCCAAGACCACAGAGCUGAUAAAGGUGCUGUCCAGAGUGACCUUCAACCAGUGCCUUGUGUUCUCAGGGUCACAGCUGCGUGCCGAGUCCCUCUGUCACCGCCUGAGGGCCGAGGGCUGGCCGGCGGCACACCUCACUGCCGCACAGUGUCAGGCUGAGCGCUUGGCCGCCCUCAAGGCACUCUGCACCCAUCAGUGCCGUGUCCUGGUGGCCACGGACCUGGCAGCACGUGGCCUCGACUCACCACAUGUCAAUCUGGUCAUUAGUCUUGACCUCCCACCCGACCCAGCCACGUACCUUCACCGGGCAGGCCGGGCGGGGCGCUAUGGUUCCCGGGGGGCGGCCGUGACCCUGGUGUGCGGUCCCGAGGAGUGGUAUGGGGUCAGGGCCAUCGCUACCCUGGCCAACGUGAGGCUGUUGGUGGUGGGGCAGGAAUGGCCGGGGAACUUGGCAACACACAAGAUGGAGAGUUGGAAAAGGACUGGCUUGGAGAAGGCGGAGAAAGAAGAAAAAGCAGAGGAGGGAAAAGAGGAAGAAGGAGAAAAACAUGAGCAAAAAGAACCAGAAGGAGAGAAAGAUGUACAUGACUCGGAAAAUGAAAAUAGGACUGAAGUAGUGAAGCAAAAAGAAACUGAGGACAGAAAGGAGGGAGAAGGAAAAUCAAGGAACAGAGGAGGGAAACUGAAGGAUGAGGAUGGACUGAUGAGCCUGGAGGAGGUGGAACACUUGCCCGAGGAGGAAGCAAGAGCCUGGCUGAAGGAACACAAACCCUACAGGAAGGAAGGUGGCCAGGGGAAGCAAGGACGUCAGGAGAAUGGAGUAGUGGAGAAGGAGGAGCGCAAAGCAGCUGUGAGAGGUGAGAAGCAUCUGAGUAAAGGUGUGAAGGAAGGAGGAAAGUACGAAGAGGCGAAUGGGGACGUGAAGGAGAAGAAAGUGAGGAAGAAAAAACACACACAUCAGAAAAUAAAGAACCACAGACAUGAUUCAAGUGACAGUGAGGAUGAUGAUGAGGAGGAGGAGGAGGAAGAGGAAAAAGAAAACAGGAAAGAACACAAAAGGCGCACACAUAAAAACACUCCAUGCAAGCCAAGCAAACAAACACAGAAGCAAGUACAGGAAAACAACAGCAACACAAACACCAAGGAAAACAAGUCGGAGGAGAUCGAGAACAAAACCGUGGCAAUGUCCCUCGUCAAAAGAUUAUGGAAGAGACCUCCGACCGUCACCAUGUCCUACCCUCAGCUCCUCUCCGACUGCACACAACGCUACGACGCCCCCACGCCACCAGACACCUGCUUAAGAGUCCCGCCCUGGCCCGUACAAGCAGACCCAACCAAGGAGGAGGUGGCAGCCUUAGAAAAACACUUAAUGGAGGUGAAAGAGGAGGCAAGGGCGAGGAAGGUGCCAUUAGAUGAGUUAGGGAUAGAUGCCUUGAGUGUUCUCACUGCUCUGAUGGAGGGGAGAGAAGGGGGAGAGGUGCUUGGUGAGGAGACACAGGAGGCAGCUAGUGUGUCUAAUGUAUCACCGCCGCAUGCAGCCGUCUCUCAACCACCACAGGAAACAGGUACUAGUGACACAUCCUCCUCAUCCGACUCGUCCUCAUCAUCCAGCAGCUCCGAGUACCCGACAUCCGAACACUCCAAGGCUCGCAAGAAGCUCCUGUCAUCUACCAGCGAGAGGAACCACUCAACGACAACAACCACCUCAUCAUCCACCGAUUCCAAAGAGAUGCCAUCCGGCGCCAACCCAGAACACAGAGACUCAAAACACAAAUCACCGUCGAUGGAGUGUAAAAACCCACCGUUCGUAUUUAGCGACAGACAGAGGCGUAUUACUCCCCCCAGUGGUCAGGUUCUCCCCCCACACCCCACAAGAGACACUGGGCCUAACAGAGAACAUCCACAGAGUGCCACAGGAACCCGCCCCAAGGAUGAAAGGAAGCAACAGAAAGAGGAGAACAAGGCCGAGACGAAAGACCAGAAGAGUAAGAAGAAAAGGGAACCAAUCACUAACAGCUACUCAGGUUACGGCAAGUGGGUGCCAGUUGACAAGGAGGAGGAGAAGAAGUGCCAGGAACAGAGCCAGGCGUAUGACCAAGGCUAUGAGGGACAGGACCAUGCCUACAACCAGGGCUAUCAGAACUACAACCAGUGGAAUCAAGACUAUUACCAAGAGGAUCAAGGUUAUGGCCAAGACUAUGAUCAGGAGUACCAGAAUUAUAACCAAAACCAUGAACAGGAGUAUCAAGACUACAACCAGGCCUACCAACCAGGCUACUAUCAAGGCUACAACCAUCACUACCCCUACACAGGAACAGCCGCAUACGCACACACACCAAACACGCACUCAAACGCAUACAUCGAAAGUGCAUGCAAGUUUGCGUCGAUGAUGGAGUAUGUGACCACCAUGGGCCGAGUGAGCUUGCAGGUGGCGCAGGACUACCAUGGCAGGAACAAGGAGUGGCAGAGGCAGCAGGGGAGACACAGCAAUGCACCUUAGCCUCCUCUAUAAUGGCUGUGGUGUAGGUGGUGGUAUAGACAAGGGUUGGUAUACUCAGAUGCCUCCACCUCACACAUCAAGUAUUUCCAUAGGCUGAGAAGGAGGUGAAUCAAGUUGUAAUGAGUGACUUUAUUGGUUUGCGGUACAGAGGAAUGAUGAAACUACCACCAGGCUAACAAAACUACCCUUGGAAAUGUACAAAACUCCCAACAGAGGAAUUAUGAAACUACCACCAGGCUAACAAAACUACCCUUGGAAAUGUACAAAACUCCCAACAGAGGAAUGAUAAAACUACCCUUGGAAAUGCACAAUACUCCCAACAGAGGAAUGAUGAAACUAUACCACCAGGCUGAUAACACUACCCUUGGAAAUGCACAAAACUCCCAACAGAGGAAUGAUGAAACUAUACCACCAGGCUGACAAAACUACCCUUGGAAAUGCACAAAACUCCUAGGAAACCCGUAUCAAAUGUGUGUGUGUUUGAGCCCUGAAAAGUGUAAUAAUAUGAGUCGUAUUAUAAGACAUUUCGCAGCCCAAGAACACCUAUUUGACAAGGCUUUUGUAGGAGUUGUGGGCAUUUCCAGGAGUAGUUUUAUGACCCUUCCUCUGUACCCUGAACCUAAAAGAGCAUAUUUGACAAGGCUUUCGUAGGAGUUGUGGGCAUUUCCAGGAGCAGUUUUAUGACCCUUCCUCUGUACCCUGAACCUAAAAGAGCAUAUUUGACAAGGCUUUCGUAGGAGUUGUGGGCAUUUCCAGGAGUAGUUUUAUGACCCUGGUGGUAGCAUGACCCUUCUUCAGUACCGUGAACCUAAAGAAACACACAUUUGACAAGACUUUCGUAGGAGCUGUGGGCAUUUCCAGGAGUAGUUUUAUGACCCUGGUGGUAGUAUGACCCUUCUUCUGUACCAUGAACCUAAAGAAACACUCAUUAGAACUAGACUGACCCCCACUUUGUCCUUUAGAAAUAGAUGAUGUGAGCAGUGAAAGUGUCUUAAAAUGCCGACCUAUGACCUAAUUGUACCACCACAGCCAAGGCCUUUUCAUGCAUAUCUGGCUGUGAUGUUUGGUGACACUGCUGAAGGGAGAUUUAAGUAGUGUUGGUGCUGGCUAUGAUGAGUAAAAACAUUGUACAAGAUAAUUAAGGUCUGAAAAAAUAUGGAAACUGAAAUCUCAAAAAAAAGUUCAUAGCAAUUUUUCUUUCGUUACCAAUUAUUUUUUUAUGUUUUGUUGAGAACAGAAAUAGUAAUCUUGGGCUCACUGUUUAUCUUUGAAAUGUUGAAUGCCAUGACUAUUCCUAUUUUACCAUUCCAUAAUAAAGCAAUAAGGAAAAUCCA